CGGUAUAAUUGAGCAUUGAAACAUCAGUGCUGAGACUGAAGCUAAUAUCCUGUGCUGAUGAGUUUUUCUGUUUUUCAAUAGUCUUCUCCGGUCUGAAGAGAUGACGGGCAGAAUCAUUCUCAUUGGAUCUCUCAUACAAGGUGUUUUGUGUGGCUUCAGUAUCACACAGCCAAAUAAUCUAGAAGUUCUGAGUGGAUCUUGUGCUUUCAUACCCUGCACAUUUGAUAUUGAUCCAGAAUAUAACAAUGACCUCACUGCUAAUGCAAGAAGACUGUGGUAUAAAAAUGGAAUUCCUUAUCAGAAGGUGUUUGACUCCAGGAGCCCCAGUAGUGGAGUGCUCAACGGCACAAUAUUUGGCAACGCCUUGGACAAAAACUGCACCACACGCUUUCAUUAUGUCACGCAGAAUAAUAUUGGUCGAUAUCACUUCAGACUGCAAGGCAACAAUAAACUGCAAUAUAACUAUGCAACACUUCAAAUGAAUGUCAGAGAUUCUCCACCCAAACCCAAAGUGAGCAUCUAUAUGCAGCAGCAGGAGGUGGUGGAGGGGACGUCUGUGAUCCUGAGAUGCUCUGUUAAAAUGUUCUGCUCCUCUCAUCCACCGGCUCUUAUAUGGAGCACCUCUACCAUUGUCAGCAUCAGAGAACAGCAGCGUCAGAUCCAGAGCGAUCUGAUCUCAGAUCUGCACUUCACUGUAACACAUCAACACCACAGGGUCAAUUUUACCUGCAUGAUAUCUUACCAGCUACAGAACCGGAACACAUCCGCACAAGAAUCGAUGACACUACAUGUUCAGUAUGCUCCUAAAAACACAUCAGUGUUCGUGUCUCCUUCUGGUUGUGUGUUGGAGGGUCGUUCAGUGUCUCUCACCUGCAGCAGUGAUGGAAAUCCAGCGGUCAUCAACUUCACCUGGCACAGAGAUACUGAAGGACAUCUGAAACAUCUACAGACCGGACCAGACCUGAUUUUUGAUAAAACUGAACCCAAACACAGCGGACGAUAUUAUUGCACUGCUCACAACAAACACGGCAACCAGAACUCAACAACACUAAUGUUGGAUGUUCAGUAUGCCCCUAAAAUCUCCCAGUCGUCCUGCAGCAAAAGUGACAUCAUUACAUGCUUCUGUGAGGUUGAUGGAAAUCCCGUCCCAACGCUGGAGUGGCGUCUGUCUGGACGGCCCGUCGUGAACUCCACCAGCACAUCUAUCUUUCAGGAGCAACUGGGGGACACAAAGUUCAGGACCACCCUCACUGUCAAUCAACCGCUCACAGACACGCCCACUCUGCAGUGUGUCAGCGGUAACAGCCACGGAAGCGCCAGCCAACAGUUUCAGGAGCUUCAGCCUCCUCCUUCAUGUGUUGACGGUCUGUCAUUGCUGGCUGGAGUUGUCAUCGGUGUGAUAGUGAUGUUGAUAGUUGGUAUCGUGUCACUCUUCUGCACGCGUAGACAGAACUGCAAACCAUCACAGACUGAACAUGAAGAUUCAACUGGACUUGCUGCUGUAUUGGAUAAUGAAGGUGAUGUUUAUGUCAAUAAAAGCACGUUUUCAUCAACUGAAGCCGUCACACACCACACAUCAGAAUCUCUUCAUUAUAGCUCCAUUAACUUUACAAACACUGAAGCGGCGUCAGGUGAGAAAAGAGACAUCUCACUCACCACAGACUACUCUGAAGUCCAACAUCACGCCGCAGAUGCGACAGAGGCGAAAAACAUCUCAGCAGACUCCAAAACAAAUCAAAGCACACCAGACACGAUGAUAAAGAGCACAGAAGACACAACAUAUGAAAAUAUCAUCUAGUCCAGACUGAUCAAUUAACAAUAAACACAACUGACGGAAUAACAGAACUGUCAACCUGAGUCUCAGAUGUUAGGAGAAAUAAAAGAGAAUCAAAUGAGAGUGUGACUGUCGAACACAUGAAGAGUACGGAGGUGUAAAAAAAUGUAGGUUGUAGAGGUCAAAUCAUCUGGAAAAUGUUUGCGUUCAUAUUUUUCUCAGGAGACACACAAGAAACUUGAGCGAAAAUCUCCAUUUGCUCUUCAUUUAAUCUCAUUGAGAAAUAUUAAAGAGAUCUCAUCAGUGAGUUUUCUUUCUUAUGGGACAUGCUUUACAAACUGAAAUCUGUGGUAGCUGGUUGAAUAUUGUGUCUGCUUAUUCGCAUGCUUAUAACUGCUAUUAUCGCUAGAAUGCAAUAAAGACACCCGGCACAUUUGUUCUCAGUCAUUUCAGUUUAUUUUCUCAUGAAGUCUUUGCAACAAUUGUCAUUCAAGGAUCUCAACGGCACACGUCUGACGGCACACAUCAGAGACCAAAGACAAAUGUUGAGUAAAGGAAGGUCAGAACUAUGCCAGCAACUUCACUGCGGUGUAAUUUCAUACGUAAAAAGCAAACAAGCAUGCGUUACUGGGGAAAAUGACAUUUUUGAAUAAAAACACAUUUUGGACUCAUCAUGGCCUCAUUGUAGACUCCAAAAUUAGAUACACCAUCCCAAAAUGCUCGAUGCUGUAAAAACAUCAUCUACACCUCUCUCAAAAGUUUUUUUAGAUAGCAGAGAUCAUGUUGGCAGUAACAGCUCAGCAAUUGGCUCAAAAUGACAGACGUUCUCAUUUAAGACAUCAAGGUGUUUGAUUCUGAUAGAAAAAUGGCUGUGUAUCUCAUGACUGGAAUGCUCUGUUCAUCCUAAGAGGACAUUUUAGUGUGUGUGUGUGUGUGUGUGUAGUACUUUCUCUACAGAUGCACUUCUAUAGAUAUGUUUCUAACUCUUUCCCUUUUCCAAAGUAAAAUUGUUCAAGACUCGUAUAACCUAAGCGGAGGAAGACGUGCGGUUUCAUGGUGACCAUGAAUACUGUGUGCGAAACAUACAAAAGACGGAAGGCAAACACUUUACAAAGUGGGGUCCGUCCCCCCUCGAUGCAAUCUAAAAAUACAAUUUGGCAAAAGACCACUAGGUGGAGUGUAGAAAAACCAAAGCCCUAUCUGGACGACAGAGCACCAUUUGUCCAAAUGGUGUCGCCAUGCCAACAAGAUGCUGUAAAACCCUAUGAAAGUUGAAAAAAGAUUUGCGAGGGACGUUCCCUUUUAAAAUCCAUGUACUGUACUGUUUGUUUUAGGAUUUCUGCUGUUGGCUUUGAACAGAUUUAACAGACUUUAAAAAAAUGGACUUUUAGGGCACUUUAAACAGAGCUAAAGUAAAAACAAACGUCACUGAUAUCAACACAUAUAUACUUUUUCAUCAUUUUUCCCUUUUCUUUAAAAAAAUAUGGGAAGCCCUCUGUCCUUUCAGGAAACAGAUGAGCAAAUAUACAUUUGUACAUUUUUGGUAUGUAUAUCAUCCGAAAAGUAUUAUAUUCAUAUACGUUUGAUUAUUUACAGGUCAAUGAAACUGUAUGUCCAUCUGCAAAAUCCUCACACUAAAUCAUCAAGAUGUUUAUGGUGUAAACUCAGUGUGUACAAACAAACACAACAUUAAUGUGCUCUCAUUAAACAACACCACGGGCCUGAUGUAUAAACAUUGCGUACACACAAAAUAGGCAAUAAAAUGUGUGUAUACACACACCCUAUGGAAACUCUUGAAUGUGUCUACGCAAACUUUAAGAAUUAAAUCUACUUUAGAUUUACUUAAGUUUUAUAAAUGAGGCCCCGGCUUUUAAUUUCACCCCUAAAAUAAAAGAAAUGAGACUGUAUUUUGCAUAUAGA